CUGCGGAAAGAUAGAGCCCUGCCUCUCUCUCCCCCAGACAUCACAUCCGGGUCAGUUGCUUGCAGCUCUACAAUAUUAACCAGCUUCACAGUUACAUUAUAACGCUGCGUUAGACACAGCUGUGCAAUAUGAGGUAGUUGACAUGGAUAUUACCAUUAGCAUCCAGUAUUGUUGAAACGACCUGGCACCGCUGGGGUAAUACAAACAAAAAAACAAAACAAACAAACAAAAAAACGCAGCCUGCACAGACACCUUUAUUAGUUCAUGCAAUAUUAAUUUCAGUCAUGUCCAAGAGUCUGAAAAAGAAGAGCCACUGGACCAGCAGAGUCCACGAGAUUGCCGUUUGCAGGAAUGAAGAAGGAGAGCUUGGGUUUGAUUUAAAAGGAGGUGCCGAGAAUGGGCAGUUCCCUUACUUGGGUGAGGUGAAGCAGGGCAAGGUGGUCUGUCAGAGUGGCAGACUAUCCCAGGAUGAGUUGCUCUUGGAGGUCAAUGAUACCCCGGUGGCUGGACUCACCAUCAGGGAUGUGUUGGCUGUUGUGAAGCAUUGCAAGGAUCCCAUCAGGUUGAAAUGUGUCAAACAAGGGGGCGCUGUAGACAAAGACCUUCGCCACUACCUCAAUUUACGGUUCCAAAAGGGCUCUGUGGACCACGAGCUUCAGCAGAUCAUCCGGGAUAACCUCUACCUCCGGACAGUGCCGUGCACCACAAGGCAACCUAAGGAGGGAGAGGUCCCAGGUGUGGACUACAAUUUUGUAACUGUUGAUCAGUUUAUGGAAUUAGAGAAAAGUGGAGUUUUGUUAGAGAGUGGGACAUAUGAAGAUAACUAUUACGGUACUCCCAAACCACCUGCUGAACCAACCCCACUGCUGCUAAAUGUAACAGACCAGAUCCUGCCAGGCGCCAGACCAAGUGCCGAGGGGAAGCGGAAACGAAACAAGUCUGUGAGCAACAUGGAGAAAGCUGGCAUUGAGCCCCCAGAGGAGGAAGAGGAAGAGAGACCAGUCGUCAAUGGCAACGGCGUAUCAAUAACUCCAGAAUCGAGUGAACAUGAGGAUAAAAGCACCGACGCCUCAGGUGAGAUGCCUGCACAACCAUACACUGUAGAGGGACCAGACAAAGAAGAGGAACCACCGAAGCUGCCAACGAAGCCGGACGAGAAUGAUGAGUUGGGACCACUGCCGGACAACUGGGAGAUGGCUUACACUGAGAAAGGAGAAGUCUACUUUAUUGACCACAACACCAAGACGACAUCAUGGCUUGAUCCAAGGCUUGCAAAAAAGGCUAAGCCCCCGGAAGAGUGCAAAGAAGACGAACUUCCAUAUGGCUGGGAGAAAAUUGAUGACCCCAUUUACGGCAGUUAUUAUGUUGAUCAUAUAAACAGAAGGACCCAGUUUGAAAACCCUGUUCUGGAAGCAAAACGAAGACUACAUCAACAGCAAAUGCCAAAUCAAGACCUCCCUUCUCAGCCUUUGCAGGCGGUACAAGUCUUCCGAGAAAAGCCCCUCUUCACUCGAGAUGCCACGCAGCUGAAGGGAGCGUUCCUCUCGACGGCCCUGCAGAAGAGCAGCAUGGGAUUCGGGUUCACAAUAAUUGGAGGCGAUGAUCCUGAUGAGUUCCUGCAGGUGAAGAGUGUGAUACCGGAUGGGCCUGCUGCACAGGAUGGCAAAAUGGAUACAGGUGACGUCAUUGUCUAUAUCAAUGAUGUCUGUGUCCUUGGCCAUACACAUGCUGAUGUGGUCAAGCUCUUCCAAUCGGUUCCGAUUGGUCAGAGCGUUAACCUGGUGCUAUGCCGUGGAUACCCCUUGCCCUAUGACCCCGAGGACCCUUCUAGCAGUAUGAUAUCUCCCAUGGGGAUUAUGGAGAGACCAUCAGUAUUAGUGAAUGGAAGAAAUAACUAUGACAAUUACAUGGAGUACAUUUCUCGGACCUCUCGAUAUGUGCAGGACCACUCAGAACAUCUUCCCCAACAGCCCUUACCCCCCCAUCCUGCGGACGGUCAUCCUGAUGGCCCGUUGCCGCCCCCUGUCCAUGAGGACAACGUGUCUAUGGCCUCCUCAGGGGCCACUCAGUCUGAACUCAUGACCAUGACCAUUGUGAAAGGAGCCGAGGGAUUUGGAUUCACCAUAGCAGACAGCGCUACAGGACAAAGGGUGAAGCAGAUUUUGGAUGUGCAGGGUUGCCCUGGUUUGUGUGAAGGUGACCUCAUAGUGGAAAUUAACCAGCAGAAUGUGCAGAGCCUGAGUCAUGCCCAGGUCGUGGAUCUACUCAAAGAAUGUCCAUUGGGGAGUGAGACAUCCUUGAUCAUCCAAAGGGGAGGAGGUCACUUUUCACCAUGGAAGACCUCUAAACAGGUGUUGGAGCAGUGGGAUAUCCAAGGCAGCCCCCAGACCAGCUUAUCUGCUCCAGUUAUACCACAGAAUGUUCCGUUUCCACCACAUUUCCAUAGGGCUUCUUUCCCAGACUCAGCCGAUGGGUUUGAUCAAAGAAAACCUGACCCUUAUGACCUGUAUGAGAAGUCGAGAGCUAUCUAUGAGAGUAGGCAGCAAGGCCCACCAAGGACAGCGUUUCGAAUGGAUUCUUCCGGUCCUGAUUACCAGGAAUUGGAUGUCCAUCUCCGAAGGCAAAAGUCAGGGUUUGGCUUCAGGAUCCUGGGUGGAGAUGAGCCUGGACAGCCUAUUGUAAUUGGAGCAAUAAUAGAGAAGAGUUCUGCCGACAGAGACGGACGACUGCGACCUGGGGAUGAACUGUUGUUUGUUGAUGGGAUCCCAGCUGCUGGAAAGACUCACAGAUACGUCAUCGACCUCAUGCAUGGAGCUGCACGAAAUGGGCAAGUCAACCUUAUUGUGAGAAGAAAAGUGCAGUGUAUGGGUGAGCCAUGUCCCGAGAAUGGCAAGAGCCCUGGGUCUGUCUCCACACAACACAGCUCCCCAAGAAGUGACUUUGCUACCUAUCCCAACAACACAAAGCAAGCUACAACAGGAGCUUCCCCGCCAGAGGGCUUUGUGUCCCAGAGUUUACAAACGAACGAUGUCAUCAUCCACCGCAAAGAGAAUGAGGGCUUUGGCUUUGUGAUCAUCAGUUCGCUAAAUAGACCUGAGACUGGAUCUACAAUCACUGUGCCCCACAAAAUUGGCCGGAUAAUUGAAGGCAGUCCAGCAGACCGCUGUGGGAAGUUGAAAGUGGGGGACCGGAUCCUUGCUGUGAACAGCCAGUCCAUCAUUAACAUGCCCCACGCAGACAUCGUGAAAUUGAUAAAGGAUGCUGGCCUGAGUGUAACCCUGCGUAUCAUCCCUCAGGAGGAGCUGAACAGCCCAGCGUCCGCAGCCAGCUCCGAGAAGCAGAGUCCAAAGGCUCAACAGCAGAGUCCUGCAGCCCAGCAGAGCCCAGCCACUCAGCACAGCCCCAUCCCACAGCUGCCCCCACCUCCACCACAGCUACAUGGACAUGACAGCAGCUACAGAUCAGAGGUAAAAGCAAGGCAAGAUGUGAAACCGGAUAUCAGGCAACCACCCUUCACAGACUAUAGACAGCCUCCUGUAGACUACCGACAGCCUCCAGGAGUGGAUUACAGACAGCCGCCUACGCUGGACUACAGGCAGCCCCCAGUCUUAGAUUACAGGCUGCAUUCCCCUGACACGAGGCAGUAUCCACCAUCGGACUACCGGCAACCACAGGAUUUCUCUUAUUUCACUGUGGAGCUAGAUAAAGGCAUGAAAGGGUUUGGAUUCAGUAUCCGCGGCGGUCGAGAGUAUAAGAUGGAUUUAUAUGUACUGAGACUGGCAGAAGACGGACCUGCAAUAAGGAAUGGGAGAAUGAGGGUUGGGGAUCAAAUCAUAGAAAUCAAUGGUGAGAGCACAAGAGAUAUGACCCAUGCCAGAGCAAUCGAGCUCAUCAAAUCAGGAGGCAGGAGAGUGCGUCUGUUGCUCAAGAGGGGGACAGGGCAGGUCCCAGAGUAUGCCGACAGCCCAACCUCCUGGGAUCCUCCCUCAACAGCCUCCUCAGGUUUGCCGGAAGUAGCACCUUCCCUUGAUACCAUGAUCAUGCCAUUACCUUCAUCUCAUCAAGCCCCACCCUCUGAUCCCAUUCACCAGCUACCCCUGGAGCCAGCAUGGGACACUAAAGGGGAGCAUGAGACGGCAAGGAGGAAGGAGCCUUCAGCAGGUGGCAAGGAGACAAGGAGUACAGUGGAGACAAACAAGCGUUCUGAAAGCCCAAGGAAAUCAGACCCUCCCAAGACUGAUCAGGCUUCUGGGCAAAAGUCCACUGAGAGGAGCAGCAGCAGCAACAGCAGCAAAGCAAGAGGUGGCCGGUCCACUUCAGAAGGCAAGGCAGCUGGGAGGAAGAGUAAACCGGAGAACGGAGCAGAGGAACAUGUGUAUGGUGGGACUGUUCACAAGCAGCUGGGGAUAUCUGAAUCUCCUGAAACCAAUAGAGGAAGGUCUCUGGAGAGAAAAGGGGAGAACAGAAUUGCCAGAGAGAAGAAAACUACAGAAAUACUAGAAAACAACACCCAGCUAAAUGAAAGUGGAGGUGCUCAAAGUAAUGGCAGUUUCUUCAAGAGCAUCACAGACCAGGCCAAGAAGAAACCUGAUGGGGAACCUACACAGAACCCCAAUGAAGUUCAUUCCGGUUCAGACAACUGCACUCCCAGCUUUAGUAGUUGUAGUAAUAGUACAGCUAGGAAGUCCACUGUGUCACCUGGACCGUGGAAAAUCCCAGGGUCCGACAAGCUACCUAAUGCUUUGAAGUCUGGAACUUCCACUGUGAGCAGAUAAAAAAAGAAUUGCAUAGUCAUAAUCACUUUGCCACCUGUAUUAAAUACAAGACAAAUAUUCCAUGUUUUUUUAUAACAAUUUUAUUUAUAUUUUAUUUCUAUUUUAAGAUAAUAUACACCCACCACCUUAAUAACUGGAAGCAUUCACCUUUAAAACUACAGUAGAAUGCAUAAAGUCAAGUGAGGGCAUCAGGAUGCAUUCUUUCAAAAGAGAUUUAUGUAACUAACCAGAUGCAUUCAGGAACUCAAAUAGGUCCUACGUUUCACUACAUGGGCUACGGCAGCUAGGAAGGGAUCAAACUUAUGAAGAGAAACAGUCUUAAGUACUGCAGCUUUUUUAGAAUCGGAAACUAUCUCAUCAAGCAAGAUUAUGAAGGAUUUGCAUCAUCAUUUAUCAAGAAAAAACUGUGCACAAAGGAUAUCCACUAUCUGAACUCUGCCUUAAAUGAAACUAUACUGAGAAAGCACUGAAAUGGGUGGUAUCUCUAACAAUAAUAAUGCUUAAACAAAAAUAAAUAUAAUACAGGAUGAACUAUUGUAAAUAUGGUCAUCUGAAAAUAUAUAGACAGGCAAACACAAGUUACACAAAUUGAAUACUAACACUUCAGAUAACAACAGUACAGUUUUCAUUCUCACCUGCUCACUGGAAAAGUUGCACUGCUUUGGAGUAAAUUAAUGUGAGUUAUUCAGAACUCCCAAGACAUUUUCUAGGUGUCCGCUAUAAUCCAUUAAGGAUACACAAUAUCAAAUUCACUCCCCCUUGUUAUAACACUGUUCUGGGAAACCAUAUAGAUUUUAUGCUGUAUUUGUUGAAAUUGGAAGCUCUGGAACAGUAGCCUUUGUUGGGGUAGUGAUGUGACAGGGUGCCUUAAUAGGCGUGGAGUGCCAAGGGGAAUAUACUGUGGGUUUGAAGAGCAUUGCCGGGGGGGGGGGGGGGAAGCUCUAUACAACCGGCAAAAGUUGUAUUGUCCGAUACAAAAUCACAGCAAUCUCCCAAGCCUGAUAUUGUUUUAUUUAUAUCAUGUUAAAUCUUUUUAAAGGUAAGUCUCCAAAGAUAACGGAAUGAUACAUCAUAAAACAUUAAACUAUUGAAAUCAGUAAAAGAACCGCUGACCCUCGUUCCUUGAUAGCUCUGUAGUGUUCAGAUCUGGUUCUGUAAACCAUACCAGCACUUUUCCAAUCAGCCGUUUAUGCCCUGUUUAGUUUGACAAGCAGGUGUUGCUCAUUGGAUAAUACAUUUCUACAUUUCAGACCCUCAACAAGAAUGCCUUUAAUUACAAAAAUAGUGUAUAGCAGAGUACUGAAAAGUUAAAAUCAGUAGAAUGGCACACCAUUUAUGGAAAUGAGCUAGCAUAGGUGCCUUUGGAUUAGUAGGCUGAUAGUUGGUUUUGAUCCCUAGAUUUCAACCAUAAAGCAUAACCAAAUUAUUUUCAACAAUUUCAGACAAGAAUUUAAAAUGCUUUUGUGCUCCCCUGCCGCCAUGUUUCAUAGAAUUUCAGCUAUGAAUGUGCACUUUUAUUUCUAGUAUUAGUGAUGUUAACACGAUAAGGUUUUGUAAUUAUGUAUGCACAUAAGCAGGGGUGAUUAGAAAUACCAGAGAACAAAAUGUAAAAAAAAUAUACCCUUUUUCUGUACUCUUGUACCAGUAACAUAUAAGGUAGGAAGUGAAGGGUUUCUUUCUGAAUUGUUAAGAACUGGAUGGAGUUCAAAGAGACAGCUGUGCCCCAGCACAGCACCAUAUAAUUGUCUGAGAUCUGGGGCUGUAUAGCUACAUUAGAGAGCUAUACCCCAUCUUUUAAUAUGCCUUAUAAUUACAUAGACCUGAUAAAUCAGUGGGGGUAGAGUAAACAACUCAGUUUCUAAUGUUCUGAUAACCUACUGUACUUGUAGAUAAUAUAAUAAUGAUAUAUUCCUUUUGCUAUAUGAAAAUUAUUUAUUUAUUUAAGAAAGAUUUAUUGAAGUUCAAUCCCACUUAACAUAACUGUUAAUUCAAUAUUCCCAGAAAAUGUUAACUUUCCUGUCUAUUUGUAUCCUUUCAAUUGGAUGUGCCAUACUAAGAAUCUUCAUUCAAGGUUAACAGAAGGAGAACAGAAGCUUUCCCCUAUGAUCCAAUCAUUACAGCAACUGAUGGAGCUAAAUUGGUGCAAUACAAGUUCUUCAGCAGUGUGCAGUCGGUGUCCUAGUAGCAUACCAUAGAAGCCUCUGGAAACAUGAAAGAUGAGUUCUUACAGCUUUGAUCUAUUCAGUUGAACACGCAAGGGAUCAAAAUUUACAAGCACAAAAAUCUGUGGAUGUCUGUUGACAACCCGGUAUAUUCUGUACUGGUGACAUAGGAACAAACUGUCAGGCUGUUUUAUGCUUUACCCCAUUCACCCAGAAAUGCUGUACAAGUUGCCACUAACUAAUUCAAGUUUUGGACAAUGCUUCUGUAGUGUAGUGCACGUACCUAAUGUAUUAUUGCUGUCAUAUUUUCCAUGUAUAAAGAGGCAGAGAUGAUGGUAUCUUAAGCGCUACAUUGCACAGUUCACAGCUUUUACUGCGUGAGCUGUUUUUUGUCGGCUGUAAUUAAUUUAAAAAAAAGGAAGUUUGUGAAAGAUGGCACGUUACAUAAACCCCAUUCAGAUAAAUAUUGCUGUUUGGUGUUAGCGGUGUAUUUACCUUGUACAGUUGUAUCUCUAUAAAUAUGAUUCCAUGUAUUAAUAGUCACAAAGACUGCAAGUGAGCAACUAUUUUUAUGAAAUGCACCACUAUGGAUAAAUUAACUUUUGCAGAAAUCUUGUUUACUGUAUGAUAUUCUAAAACACUCAAAUAAAAUCCUGACUCGGUGACCAUGAACCUUUUUAGCCAAUUCCUUUUAUGUGUCAUUCUUAACUGCAGUAAAAAGCUGAAGUGAAUAGAACAUGCAUCAAUGGUGACAAGAUGGGCCACUGCAUCCGAAAAAUAUGAAACUUCAUAAGUAAUGGGGUUGCUUUACCAAUAUUUACAGUUGCAAACAAAACACAUAGCUGCUUAAAGAAAUGGUGGUGUUACAAAACUUCACAUGAAUAGCUCAGGAGGUUAAUUUAAGAUCUCAUGUAGCUUAGUUGUUUCUUGCUAGUAAUGUAACAUGAGUAGUGCGUUUUGUUUUGUUUUUAUUAAUGAUGGUGCUAACAGAAUGGUGGUAAAUGUUUGAAUGUGUUGGGAACAUGACCUUUACUAGGCCAUAUUGAAACAAACUAUCAAAGUGCUUUGAGUUGUUCUUUUAAAAAAAAAAGUAUUAAUCUCACUUUUAUUCUCCU